AUGAAGGGUUUGACGGUUCUCGGCCUUUUUGUAGCCUAUGCUACUACUGCUAGUGCGAUUCCAGUGAAACACAGGAAUCAAGAAGUAGAGAUCACCUUCGUUGGCGCCGCCGACGCUCAGUUCACUCAAAGCAUCCCCACUGAUGGACCUACUGUCCCCAUUGGAAUGUCCCUUAUUGUGUCAUACAUUCGAACUGAACACGAUUCUGACUUUCUUUAG